AUGGUGACGCCAAAAGAGGAGACUACCACUGAGGAGACGAACAAAAAGAUAGACACCACUGAGGCAGUUGUGGAGCCUGAGCAACCCGACUUCGCGAUCAAGCCGGGGUACAAGUGCGAGCUGCAGGCAAAGGCGUGGUGCAGCCCGCCUGCAGUGAAUCCCGGCCAGCAGUAUCGCAAGAAUGGGAAGGUGAUGUGCUGCAGCAAGCUCGAGGCGACGGAGGCUGGCGGCAUUCGGUGA